UGACUGAGACUGAGAAAUUAAUGGCGCCUUGUAGUUGUGUAACGGUUAGAAAUUUUCAAGUUUUUGUUGGUGGAUUUAGUUAAUAAUAUAAUGACGUCUGGUAUUGGUGUUAAUCUACGUGUCACGGGGCACUGUAGUCAAGGGGGUAGAAAAUAUAUGGAGGAUAUGUUUUCAGUUGCAUACCAGCAAACAGUUAAUCUAAAAGAUUUGGAAUAUGCAUUUUUCGGGAUAUUUGAUGGCCAUGGAGGGCCUCAAGCAGCCAGAUUUGCCAAAGAACAUUUAUUAGAUUCAAUUGUCAGUCAAAAUCACUUUUGGUCUGGCAAUGAUGAAGAUGUGCUAAGAGCAAUCCGUGAUGGAUAUCUUGCCACACACUAUUCAAUGUGGAAAGACUUGGAAAAAUGGCCAAAAACAACCACUGGGCUUCCAAGCACAUCAGGCUCUACGGCAACAGUUGCUUUCAUUAUGAGGGGCAAACUGUUCAUAGGUCAUGUGGGGGAUACAGCCAUUGUUCUGGGAUACCAGGAAGAUGGAGUCAAAGAAUGGAAAGCCAAGGUGUUGACUAAAGAUCACAAACCUGAAAGCUUGGAAGAGAAACAACGAAUAGAACAAUCUGGGGGCAAAGUGGUCAAUAAGUCUGGAGUCCCGCGGGUGGUGUGGAAUCGUCCCAGGCUAGGACACCAAGGCCCGGUGCGUCGUUCCACGCCCAUCGACGAGAUCCCAUUCUUAGCCGUAGCACGUUCCCUCGGAGAUUUCUGGAGUUACAACUCAGCCCUAGAUCAGUUUGUGGUGAGCCCGGAGCCAGAUGUGUUUGUUUGCCCAGUGGAUGUCUCUAAGUUCCGAUGCCUCGUGCUGGGGACUGACGGACUGUGGAACAUGAUGACUCCUGAGCGAGCUGUGGCCAUAGUCCAGGCUACUGAGAUCAACAAUGAGAAGCAUGUUAUCUACGGACGCAAGGACCAAUAUAACAAGGACUGGAUGAACCCCAGCAAGACCUUAGUAGACAAAGCUCUCGAGAGAUGGUGCAUGACAAAGCUACGAGCAGACAACACCAGUGUGGUGACAUUACUACUAGAUCCUCCAGGCCCUCCUCGAGCCCAGGUGUUACGCAAGCAAAUUAGUCAAAUGCAAGAGGAAAGCCUGGAUCCAGAUGAGCCAGAUGAGUCCAAACUAACAGUCCCCAAGUCUGGGGGUAUGGCUAUCUUGACUCAGUACCCAUCCACACAAGACAGGAUUGUAACUGCUAUCCAAAGAAGCGAGAAGAUUGUCCGACUUAACAACUAUAUUUUCUCUUCGAAAAUAGUGCCAAACACAGUGCAAACAGAAAAAGGGCCUUUGACUGAGGCAAAGACGUUUAAUGACGAUGUAACUUCCUCCGAGGAUCCUUUACGUCCGAGUAUUCCUCUGGAAACAAGAUUGGAAGGAAAGAACUCAAUGGAAGAUGGGAGCAGUGAUGCGGAAAAUAAGAGUGAGUUCUCGAACAAUGAACUUAAGAAGCGUAGACUUAGUCUAGAGAAGAAAAGCUCCAAGCCUGGAAUCCGCAGACGGUCCUCUUUGCCUGCUUUGAAUGGUAAAACCAACACCUUAUGCAAAUCUAGAAGUCUGGAAGAGUCCACUAGGAUGCUAAGAAGCGCUACACCAAUAAAAACUCUACGUUCCCGCAACAUUGACCUAAGUGAUCUGUCGUCGAGUGCUGGUACGAAGCGCAGCAGAGCUCCUAGCCCCCCUCCCAACAAGAAACAACGACUGGAGGAACGACCGGGGAACAAACCAGUGAACAAAUCUUCUGACUCAGAAUCCCCCUUUUACAUGUUGCGAACCGGAGAUGUGGAGCUUUUCGAGGAUUCUGUCAAAGGUGAUCUGUCUAAGAUGAUGAAAGACAGAAAGCACAAAUCGGUGUGGCAGGAGAAUGAGGACUCUGAUGGUGGAACUAUCAGCAGAAGACUGAGGUUAACUCCGGAAAUUAAGCGUCAGAGUAGAACCCACGUUGAGAUUACCAAGAAAUAACAUUCCUCUGCCGCACCUUGUAUAUAGACAUUGAUCUCACUAGUGAUGGGCAAUGAAAACAAUCCCUUGCCACAAACGUAUAUUAGUGCCUUAAGUGACUCAUCAGCUGGUCUGAAUGUUGACGGUUCCCACUCAACACAAUAUCUAAUGGGAAUCUUUAUUUUGGCAAUAGAAAAUACUUAAAAUAGAAAUCACCUGGGGUGCAUAUGAAUAACCAUUACUAGACGUCAAGUUAAAAAACUAAGACUCACUAACAAAAACUUGAAAAGAAUCAUAUUUAUUUUGUAUGAAUACUUAGGGGUUAAUCAUAUAUUGAGAUGACCAGUUUUAAUUGUGUCGUAUUAUUUUUUUUUAUCAUGAUCAUUUUAUAGAUAUUAAGUUUUGAAAAACCAAGAUGCACCAACAAAAACUUGAAAAGAAUCAUAUUUAUUUUGUAUGAAUACUUAGGGGUUAAUCAUGUUUUUAGAUUAUCAGUUUUAAUUGUGUUGUAUCAUUUAUUUUUUAUCAUGAUCAUUUUAUAGAUAUUAAGUUUUAAAAAACCAAGAUGCACCAACAAAAACUUGAAAAGAAUCAUAUUUAUUUUGUAUGAAUACUUAGGGGUUAAUCAUGUUUUUAGAUUAUCAGUUUUAAUUGUGUUGUAUCAUUUAUUUUUUAUCAUGAUCAUUUUAUAGAUAUUAAGUUUUAAAAAACCAAGAUGCACCAACAAAAUCUUGAAAAAAUCAUAUUUAACUCACUAAGUGAAUAUUUACAAAUAAAUUUUAUAUUUGCAUGAUCCGUUUUAACUGAAGAUUAUUAUAUUUUAUUUACAAUCUUAAUUGUUAUUCGUUUAUAUGUUGAUAGUGAUGUAUGUUUUAAUUUAAGAAGAUUUUAAUUUUAUAGUUGUGUACACAUUGAAUGUGCAUACAUAAUACCUAAUACAUAAUACAUGCAUAAUAUAAUACAUGCAUAAUAAUAAUACAUAAUAAUACGUAAUGCAUACAUAAUUGAAUUUUUAUUUUUAGUUUUAAACAAUUUUAAAAUUAUCUUGUACUUUUAAUCGAUACUUUUUUAGUAUUAAUCCAAUAUAAAUUGAAAGUGUGUUCGCAUUGCAAAUGUUGUAUAUUUCCACACUAUAAAAUCAAUUUUAGUUGUAAAUAUUGAUCAUUAAUUAUUUAUUUUGCUUUGGAAAUCAUCGUUUAAAGUAGUUAAACCGUCAUAAUUUCUACUAUGUUUUAAUUUUAAAAUGUUGAUUUUUUUCACGUGUGUUUAAAAAUGUGUCUUGUAAUUGUUUUGUAAUAUUGUAUACAGUAC